CAAUCAGAAGACUCGUUACCUCAGCGAGACAAGAGCGCCGCGCCCAAUGCCAGACGCGUACGGAGAAACAGACCGCUGCAGAAAGAAACGACGAAAACAAGCCCGUUAACGGAGAAAAACGCGAUCUCCCGUCUGCCCCCCGAGUCACUGUCCAUUCCUGCCGCACAGUAAGACCCAAAAUAAGCGUGUGCCAUGAACGGAGACUCAGGUGCAGGGGUGGUGACGGCCCCCCCGCCCACUAACCCCCCUCAUAAAGAGCGUUAUUUCGACCGUGUGGAUGAGAGCAGCCCUGAGUACCAGAGGGAGAGGAACAUGGCACCCGACCUGCGGCAGGACUUCAACAUGAUGGAACAGAGAAAGAGGGUCUCUAUGAUCCUCCAGAGUCCUGCCUUCUGUGAUGAACUGGAGACUCUGAUCCAGGAUCAGAUGAAGAAAGGGAAAAACCCCACCAGUCUUCUUGCUCUCCAGCAGAUCGCUGACUUCAUGACCACCAGUGUGCCCACCAUGUACCCAGCUGCCCCACAGGGUGGUAUGGCAGCCCUCAACAUGAGUUUGGGGAUGGUGACUCCAGUAAAUGACCUCAGGGGUUCAGACUCCAUCGCCUAUGAUAAGGGAGAGAAGCUGCUGCGCUGUAAACUGGCUGCGUUUUACCGUCUGGCCGAUCUGUUCGGCUGGUCUCAGCUCAUCUACAACCAUCUGACUGUCAGGCUGAACUCUGAACAGGAACGCUUUCUCAUCGUCCCUUUUGGGCUUCUGUACAGUGAAGUCACAGCCUCCAGUCUGGUGAAGAUCAACCUGCAGGGGGAAAUCGUAGACCGGGGCAGCACAAAUCUGGGUGUUAACCAGGCCGGAUUCAUGCUCCACUCCGCCAUCUACGCUGCCCGUCCUGACGUCAAGUGCAUAGUGCACAUUCACACGCCCGCUGGGGCUGCGGUCUCUGCUAUGAAGUGCGGUCUGCUGCCUAUCUCACCUGAAGCUCUGUCGCUUGGGGAGGUGGCGUACCACGAUUACCACGGUAUUCUGGUGGACGAGGAGGAGAACGUCCUCAUACAGAAGAACCUGGGUCCAAAGAGCAAGGUGCUGAUUUUGAGGAAUCACGGUCUGGUGUCUGUUGGGGAGACAGUCGAAGAAGCUUUUUACUACAUUCACAAUGUGGUCACCGCAUGUGAGAUUCAGGUCCGCACCCUCGCCAGUGCCGGCGGCCCAGACAACCUUGUGAUGUUGGACCCUGGGAAGUAUAAGUUCCGCCAACGUCACCUGGAGCCAGCUGGAGACGGGUCGAGCCCGCACCCGAAGUGGCAAAUCGGGGAGCAGGAGUUUGAAGCUUUGAUGAGGAUGCUGGAUAACCUGGGCUACAGGACUGGCUAUCCGUACCGUUGUCCGGCGCUGCGUGACAAAGCUAAAAAGUACAGUGACGUUGAGAUCCCCCCAUCAGCCACGGGCUACUCGUACACAGACGACAGUGACUCGGGUGCGCGCUCCCCGUUAAAACACAGCUUUCAGCGGCAACAGCGGGAUAAGAACCGCUGGCUGGCUUCAGGGCGGCCUGACGAAUCUGCAGAGGAGGGGCAGGACGGCAGCGGUAGCCCCAAGGCGAAGACUAAGGUGUGGACGAACAUAACACACGAUCACGUCAAACCCUUGCUGCAGUCGCUCUCGACCGGUGUCUGCGUGCCAAGCUGUAUUACCAACUGCUUGUGGGCUAAGGAGGACAGUGUCCGACAGGCCGUCGUGGCCAAUCAGUUUGUCCCGCUGAACACCAACCCUAAAGAAGUCCAAGAAAUGCGCAACAAGAUCCGUGAGCAGAACCUGCAGGAUAAGAAGACCGCUGGACCGCAGUCGCAGUUGCUCACAGGUGCGGGGGUGGAUCGCUCCUUCGUCCAAAAAGUGACCAUAUGGCAUGACGCUCCUCUGUCUGACUGCAGGGACUCUAUUGAUGGCAUUGACCUGUCAGACAGCUUUAGUCCUGCUAGGUCUGUUCGAAAGGGGGAGCUGGUGACCGCAUCUAAAGCCAUUAUUGAGAAGGAGUACCAGCCAUGUGUCAUUGUGACUAAAACCGGACCAAACCCCUUCAACAAGCUCACGGAUCAAGAUCUGGUGGAGUACCGCAGGGAGGUGGAGCUCAAACAGAAAGGCCCGGAAGCACAGGCCGAGGAAUCCGUCCACACUCCACUUUCAGAAGAAGUCCAGCCCCCCUCCGCCUCUCCAGAGACCACCUCCCCGCAGGAGAACGAGGAGCCACGGGUCACCGAAGCCCCACCGCCUUCUAUAAUCCCUAGUCGAGACGCUGAAUCCGAGCCCGUGUCGGGUCGAGAGAGCCCGUCACAUCCUCCAGAAUCCCCUCAUAAAGAGUUCCACUGUGCGGUCCUGAAAGCUCUGGGCUGUGACGCAGAACUGACCGCACUUACUCAACCCGAAUCAAACGGGCCGGAUGCAGGUCAGACACAAGACAUUGAAGACGGGAAAGUUCCCAGCGGCACCUGCACUCCUCCCAGCUCACCUGUGCGUGUAGAAGAAGAACCGGCACCACAGAACCAGUCGAGUAAAGACGGAAGCGACGCCGCCACUUUAAGACAAACCCUCCCUGAUCUCACCCCCGACGAAUCCUCUGAAGUAGCCGCCCUACCUGCAGAAGAGCCCGCCCCUGAACAGACAGACUCCGCCCCUCAACCUGAGGGGGAGGAGCCUGCUGCUGGUGACGAUGCGGCCGGUGACCACGGCAGUGACGGAUCGCCCAACAAAUCCCCUUCAAAGAAGAAGAAAAAGUUUCGCACCCCGUCUUUCUUGAAGAAAAACAAAAAGAAGUCUGAGACCUAGAGAUGAAGGUCGCUCAGGUGUUUGGCAAUACCGUCUUUAAAUCCAUUGGAGUUUUUUACUGCGUCUCCUUACUUUUAUUAUUUGUCAAUCUCUUUUUAUCAUUGAAAGGUCAGAUUUGUUUUUAUUCUGUUAAGCGUUCUUAAUAAAUGCUGGCCGACCGCUAAAGUCACUUUGGGAAGCGUGUGGCUUGUGAGGCAUGUGUUUUUAUAAAGAUCUGAAUAACCGCCAUCAUGUAUGAGAAUGUAUCUAAUGUUCAUAGGAGAAAACGUUCAGGACCCUCGUUGUGUUAAAAUAAAUUCAGAAUUCUGC